AUGUCAGAUGAUCAAGGGUUUCAUGGUGAUAGCAAAAAUCACACAAUGAGUCCUAAAGGGAGUAGCGAAAAGACAACAUCAGCGAAUCUUGAGAUUGAUAGCACCAUUUCGCAAGCUUCAGCUACCAUAUUAGAUCAUCAUGGUCUACCACUUGUCCCUCAGCCUAGUCGUUUCAAAGAUGAUCCUUUGAAUUGGCCUGUCUGGCUGAAAUGGACAGUGUUAAUUCAAGUUAGCUUCAUGGCAUUCUUAGGUCCAUUCAACGCCGCAGCGAUUAAUCCUAGCUUAGUUCUUUUAAGCAAAGCUAUGGGUGUUAGCUCCAACACCGCUGCGUAUAGCACAACCACAUGUAUAAUCAUUGGUGGCCUCUCUCCUUUCAUCUGGAACCCUUGUACUAAUGUUUAUGGCCGUCGACCAAUUGCUCUCCUUUCAAUGUCAACGACUGUUAUCGGCGGGAUUGGCUCUGCCUGUUCGCCAAACUUCGCUACACUAGUCGGAACACGUGCAAUAUGUGGCGUCGGAAUGGGUGGAAUGAUGUCCGUAGGUACAGCCGUUGUCAACGAUGUGUUUUUCCUCCACGAGCGGGGAGAGAAAACGGGUAUAUAUUCCGUUUUUGUGACAAAUGGUGCUCAUAUAGCCGCAGUUAUUGGUGGCUACAUAGGCCAAGCAGGUGGUUGGCAAUGGGAUUAUUGGGUUGGUGUCAUUAUCACCGGUUCAGCUCUUCUUUUUGCUAUUUUCUUCUUCCCAGAAACUCUAUUUUGUCGCGAUACCGUGGCUCUUACCACGAAAAAACACGAGCGAACGUACUUCGAGAUGUUAUUCAAUUUCAAGGGGAACAAAAACACCACGAGAACACUACACAUGCGGGACUUUUCGUACGCAUUCCGCAUGCUGAGUUACCCAUCAGUAUUGUUUACAUUCUGGUACUACACAUUAGCCUGGACAUUUAUCAAUGUUCUCCCUGCCAUUUCUCUAGCCACCAUCUAUACCAAAUUUUACCAUCUCAAAAGCGGACCUAUAGGUGUCUCUCUAGGUAUCUCCCUCACGAUCGGAAGCAUGAUAGGCGAGCUCUGUGCUGGUCGUGCUUCAGAUGCCAUCAUGUACCAUAUGGCCCAAAGAUAUGACGGUGUGAGAAAACCGGAGUAUCGUUUAUAUCUCUCGCCUCUAUCUGCAAUUUUCAUGCCCGCUGGACUUUUGAUAUUCGGGGGACUUUUGGGGAAAACGGGGUUUGUGGGACCUUUGGUUGGGCUUGGGAUAGGUUCUUUCGGUCUUCAAAUAUGCUCCACAACGCUCUACUCUUACAUCUCCGAUUGUUAUAAGCCGCAGACUCCGGAGACGGGGAUACUUUUCAAUCUUUCGAGAGGACUGUCAUUCGUAGUGGGUUAUUUUGCUUUACCUCUAGCGGAAAGUAUCGGCUACUUCUGGGCGUGGCUCAUAUUCGCUAGUCUUUUGGGAUUGAGCUAUAUACCAGUGGGAAUGUUGAUAUGGUGGGGAGAGGGCUGGAGAGAGAGAAGGGGAUAG